AAGAGGGUCCCGUUAAGGAAGAGAACAUCUGUAGAGCGUCAGAAGAAAGAAGCACGUUUCGUCUUUUGUUGAAAACAAAAACCAGAAUAAAGUGAAAUUCUGUAUAAGAUUCACCUGAAUCUCAAGAACAACGAUCAUAUAACAUCGCAUCAUGCCGCUGGUGGUCUUGCAGCCUUCCCGUCUCAUGUGGACACGUCUGGCGGCUUUAGUGUUCACCUGCGUGGCGUUUAGUGUGGCCUCUCACGGAGGCAACCUACCUGACGGCAUGGGCGACUGGUGUGUGUUCUGCUGGGCUUUCAGCUUUGCUGGCACCCUCCUCGUGUUGCUUGUUGAGCUUUUGGGUCUACAGUCUCGUGCACCUGUGUCCUGGACCAAUUUCCCUAUUACCUUUGCUUGCUAUGCUGCACUCUUUUGCCUGUCUGCCUCCAUCAUCUUCCCCCUCUACUUCGUCAAAGGCAGUCUGAAUAAAGAGAUGCGGGACCACAGAAUCGCCUCGACUGUGUUUUCUUGUCUAGCCACCUUGGCUUACAAUGUGGAGGUGAGCCUGGUACGGGCACGACCAGGUGAGGUGGCUGGGUACAUGGCAACAGUACCAGGCCUGCUGAAAGUGUGUGAAACCUUCGUGGCCAGUGUAAUAUUUGUGUUUAUUAGUGACCCUGUUUCAUAUAACAGUCACCCUGCUCUGAAGUGGUGCAUGGCUGUGUACUGCAUUUGUUUCGUGAUAUCAGCUGCCAUUGUGGUAUUAUGUGUUGGGGAAUGCACAGGGUGCCUCCCUUUUCCGUUUGCACGUUUUCUUUCUGCCUAUGCUCUAUUGGCUGUUGCCAUGUAUCUAACUGCCACUAUUAUCUGGCCAGUGUUUAAGUUUGAUAACAGUCAUUCUGGAAUAUCUAGCCGACCAGACUCUUGCCGUAGCACAUUUGGGCUGUGCUACUGGGAUAAAUGGGUCGCCGUGGCUGUUCUCACGGCUCUCAACUUCCUGAUCUACCUGGCGGAUCUGACAUAUUCUGCCCGACUUGUGUUUGUCACUGCAUGAGAGACAGAUAUCUGAAGAACAACCGUUGUCAUCUUUUUACUGAGAUUGACGUAUUUAAAGCCAAAGAUUCAUGGACUGUACUGAAUUGACUUCAGGUUCAUAAGCCUUUCUCUCAAGUGUCAAGAAAACAAGAGGAGGAAAAUAAUUAGUAAAUAAGAUUAAUAAGUAUUCAUUUAAUGUGAUUUUUAGAUAUGAGAUAUUAUUGAUAUUAACUUACUGUGUCAUUUCUCAUCAUGAAGCCUUAUGACAAAGUACUUGUGUUAAACUACUGUACAUUUCUUUCUGUAUUAAGUAACUUGAAGUUUCAAAUUUGUAAAACGCUUUACUGUUGACGAAUGACCUCAUAGUAAAAAAAAAGAAUAGAAAAUAUUUCAAAAGGUUUUUCAUCCAAAAACCGGUAAGAUUUUCUUUUAUGUUAGCAUUGCACACAAAGAACACAAAUAAAGAUGUAUAUGCUGUUACAUCCA